CUUCUCCAUGGACCGCGACGAUACUUUUUCUUCGACAAUGAGGGAGUGGGUGAACCAUAUUCCGGAUUGAUACUUGGGUGUAUAAUCUCUUGUUAAUAUAUCUUCUUCUUCGUUAUCAAUAUUUCCUGAUUCAAUUGCCAUCUCUGAACUUUGGCGCAAAAGAACUCGAUUUGCCCCUCCUUCGAGGUCCUCCAGCGAAAGAAUAUAUCGUCGGCCUUGAAGUAGACACAACAAUGGGCGCUGUUUCUCUUCUCACAUCGAUCGAUUCGACGAACCAUAUCCACUUAAUCAUUGGUUCGAAUCCAUUGGCAGCAGCACGAUGUGCAAAGUCUCUCGAAGUUGGGGCAAAACCGCUUCUCAUCGCACCAGAGACCUCGGAACUGCAUUAUGCUCUGCAGAAGAGGAUAGACAAUGGCGAAGUAAAAUGGUUGAAGAAGUCAUUCGAAGACGAAGACGUUCUACGACUCGGUAGAGAAGAGAUCAAUUGUGUCGUCGAUACCGUCUUCGUCACUCUUGGUCCUCGAGACCCAAUGAGCGCGCAUAUCUCCAACCUCUGCAGACGGAAUCGCAUACCAGUCAACGUCGCAGAUGCUCCCUCGCUCUGCACAUUCAGUCUCGUCUCAACACAUACCUCCGGUCCUCUGCAAAUUGGGGUCACGACUAAUGGUAAAGGCUGCAAACUUUCCUCUCGAAUCCGACGCGAAAUCGCUUCUUCACUUCCUCCCAAUCUCGGUCCAGCUUGCGAGAGACUAGGCACUAUUCGCAGAAAGAUACAAGAAGAGGACCACUUGUCACACAUGGCAUUGGCAGGAGAUCUCGAGGAGGAAGAUUCCGUCGACCAAACAUCGACCUUCAAUCGCCUGAUCACAGAAGCCGACCUCGACGCUGCGAAGAACAGGCGCAUGAGAUGGCUCUCUCAGAUCUGCGAAUACUGGCCUUUACGAAGACUGGCAAACAUAACAGACUCCGAUGUCGAAUCAGUCCUAAGAUCCUAUACAUCGACCCUGGAAACUCAACAACUGGAAAAGAGAACUGAGAAGAAAGGCAGAAUUAUCUUAGCAGGCAGCGGACCAGGUCAUCCAGAUCUCCUUACAAGAGCAACCCACAAAGCAAUCCUAAGCUCCGACCUCAUCUUAGCUGACAAACUCGUCCCCUCCGGCGUCUUGGACCUGAUUCCCCGCCGCACACCGAUCCACAUCGCCCGCAAAUUCCCGGGAAACGCAGAGAAGGCCCAAGAGGAGCUUCUAUCCCUCGCACUCGCUGGUCUUAAAGCUGGGAAAACAGUGUUGAGGCUCAAGCAAGGUGAUCCCUAUAUCUACGGACGUGGAGGCGAAGAGUUUGAAUUCUUCCGCAAAGAAGGAUUUGGGGAUGUAGUUACUGUUCUACCAGGCAUAACGAGUGCGUUGAGCGCACCUCUAUUCGUGGGCAUUCCAGCUACGCAGAGGGGUGUCAGUGAUCAAGUUCUGAUCUGUACGGGGACGGGCAGGAAGGGGAGACCCACUGUGCCCCCAGCGUAUGUGGGGACGCAGACGGUUGUGUUUUUGAUGGCUCUGCAUCGGAUUUCGGGAUUAGUGGCUGAUCUUACUACGCAUGAUUCAGAAGAUGCAAAGGUGCUGAGUGAGGAUGGGUUGCUGGAUGAGAGUAGGAGGUUGUGGCCGAAGGAGACGCCUUGUGCGGUGAUUGAAAGGGCUAGUUGUCCAGAUCAGAGGGUUAUUAGGACGACGUUGGAGUUUGUUGCAGCGGCUAUCGAGGAAGAGGGUAGUAGACCUCCAGGACUGUUGGUUGUUGGGAAGGCAUGUAAAGUAUUGCAUAAGGGUGAUGCUGCGAGGAAGUGGGUGGUUGAGGAAGGAUUCAAAGGUUUUGAAGAUUUUGAUGGCACGGGAUUGGAGGAGUUGAUGUUGGGGAAGGAUGAGGAUGUGAGGCCAGAAGCAGUCGUGAGAGGUGACAGUUCCGGGAUGGAGUUGAAGGUCUGAAGUUUGCAGGAUGUAUAUUGAUCGCAUAUUUGGCAGUUUGAUUCAUUUGCAUGG